UUUUGACUUCUUACAACUAAUGAUCAACGCAGAGAAGGAAGCCCAAUCAGUGUCGGGAAACACGAGAGUUUCCCAGAGCAACGGAACAGUCGAUGAGUCUGAAGGGGAUGAUGGUUACUGGAAGGACAAAAGGAAAGGACAAGGCUUGACUGACUCUGAGAUUCUGGCGGCCUCGAUCCUGUUCUUCACAGCGGGUUUCGACACCACGGCCUCAACACUGGCCCACCUGUUCUACCACCUGGCCAUGAAUCCUGACCACAUGGACAAACUCAUCGCCGAGAUUGACGAGCACUAUCCGGAUGUAAGUCACCUGUCACUCACUUACACACUCACACACCGGUCCUACCACCUGGCCAUGAAUCCUGGCCACGCGGACAAACUUAUUGCGGAGACUGAUGAGAAGUACCCGGAUGUAAGUCACCUGUAACUCACACUCACACACCAGUCCUACAACUGGCCAUGACUCCUGACCACACGGGCAAAUUAUUGCGAGAUUGACGAGUGCCCAGGAACCUCUCAUUAAUGCGGUCGCUGUGAGUUCAAGUUCAGCUCAUGCUGACUUCCUCUCCGGCCGUAAGUGGCACGGCCUCCAGCAACCUGCAGAUGGUCGUGGGUUUUCCCAGGGCUCUGUCCGGUCUCCUUCUACCAUAAUGCUGGCCGCCGUCGUAUAAGUGAAAUAUUCUUGAGUACGACGUAAAACACCAAUCAAAAUAAAUAAAUCUAUCUCAUGUUGGUUUUCUCUCCAUCCAUACGUGGAGGUCAGCAUCUGCCUGGGGAUGGUCGUGGGCUUCCCCAAGGCUCUGCCUGGUUUCCUCUCACCAUAAUGCUGGUCGCCGCCGUAUAAGUAAAAUGUUCUUAAGUACGGCGUAAAAUGCCAUUCAAAUAAAUAAGUAAAUAAAUAAAGAAAGAAAUAAUAAGAAAUAAACGGUUAUGCUGUAAUUGAAUAGCACAUCAUGACCAUAUCAACGCACUGUGCUUAAGACCUUAAGCAAAUGGUAGCGCCAAUUAUGUGUCACUUCUGUUGUAGCCUGGGUAGAGAUUCUUCCAAAAUCCUUACUUAGCGUUAAAUAUGCCGUUAUACUCAGAAACUUUUCAAACAUGUUGCGAGGGUAAAAGUGCUCAUUGCCUGUCGGCUUCGGUACACGGUUUUAUAGCAUGAGCCUUUUUCAUUUUAGGGAAAGGUGCCUGACUAUGAGGGCAUCGGCAAGCUAUCUUACCUGGACAAGGUGAUCCAAGAAGGACUGCGCAU